AUGAAGAACUUAAACAUAUCUUUGUGCAUGGUUAUGACAGUAGUACUUGUUGGCUUAGGUGGAAGUGUACCUUCUGGCUUCAACUAUGGUGAUGCUCUUGACAAGAGUUUGUUGUUCUUUGAAGCACAAAGAUCCGGUAAAUUACCAAUGCAAGAGCAACGAAUCAAAUGGCGCGCUGAUUCUGGUCUCAAGGAUGGAAUUCAGCAAGGAGUAGAGUUGGUGGGAGGGUACUAUGAUGCAGGUGAUCAUGUGAAGUUUGGCCUGCCAAUGGCUUAUAGUGUGACAAUGCUGGCAUGGGGAGCUAUUGAGUUUAGCAAGGAAAUGACAGACUUAAACCAAAUCGGACAUACUCUACGGGCUGUUAAAUGGGGAACUGAUUAUUUCAUCAAAGCGCAUACUCAACCUAAUGUUCUUUGGGGACAGGUGGGUGAUGGAGUUUCGGAUCACUACUGCUGGGAACGUGCUGAAGACAUGACGACUUCAAGAACUGCGUAUAAAAUUGAUGAACAGCAUCCUGGUUCUGAUCUUGCUGGUGAAACUGCAGCUGCAUUGGCGGCUGCGGCCAUAGCUUUCAGGACAUACAACUCUUCUUACUCUAAUCUCUUGUUAGUCCAUGCAAAACAGCUCUUCACGUUCGCAGAUAGAUACAGAGGCCUAUAUGAUGAGUCCAUAUCCUGUGCUCACCAAUUCUAUGCUUCUUCUGGCUAUUCAGAUGAAUUGUUAUGGGCUGCUGCAUGGCUGCACCAAGCGACCGGCGAUGACUACUACCUAAAGUAUGUCGUGGACAAUGCGGUGUAUAUGGGUGGAACUGGAUUGGCGGUGAAAGAGUUCUCUUGGGACAACAAAUAUGCUGGUGUCCAGAUCCUCCUAUCAAAGGUAUUACUAGAAGGAAAAGCUGGUUCAUAUGCAUCUACGCUAAAGCAAUAUCAGGCCAAAGCAGAUUAUUUUUCCUGCGCCUGUUUGCAAAAGAAUGACGGUUACAAUGUCCUGAAAACUCCAGGUGGCUUAUUGUACCUGCAUGAAUGGAACAACAUGCAGUAUGCUUCCUCUGCCGCGUUUCUUUUAGCUGUUUACUCUAAUUAUCUAUCAGCUGCAAAAGCACAGCUCAACUGUCCUGAGGGUCAAAUUCAGCCUCAGGAACUUCUCAAUUUUGUCAAGUCACAGGCUGAUUAUAUCCUUGGUAAAAACCCGGAGGAUAUGAGCUACUUGGUUGGAUAUGGACCAAAAUAUCCUAUUCAUGUUCACCACAGAGGCGCUUCCAUUGCUUCCGUCUUUUCUCUUCACUCUGAGGUUGGUUGCGCACAAGGAUUCGACGCGUGGUACAACCGUGUUCAGCCAAAUCCUAAUGUGAUCUAUGGAGGCCUUGUAGGGGGUCCAGAUAGAAAUGACGACUACUCUGAUGACAGAUCCAAUUAUGAACAAACUGAGCCUACGAUUUCAGGUUCUGCUCCUCUUGUAGGGAUUUUCACUAAACUGCAAAGUUCAUAUGGACUACAAAGUUCAUAUGGUAAUGUCGGUUCCUACCAUAAUGAAUCACCAUUGCCCCAGAAAAAAAAUCCAAGUACAACAUACCUUUCCAAAGAACUAAAACCUAAAACACCACAAGGUGCACCAGUUGAAUUCCUGCACUCAAUUUCCAGCUCAUGGACUGUUGGUACAACAACUUAUUACAGACACAAGGUGAUAAUCAAGAACACUUCUGUAAAGCCGGUCUCCGAUCUUAAGUUGGUGAUUGAGAAUCUCUCGGGCUCUGUGUGGGGUCUGUCUCCAACUGGAGAGAAGAACACCUAUGAACUUCCCCAGUGGCUCAAGGUCUUGAAUCCCGGAUCUGAGUGUAUAUUUGUUUAUGUUCAAGGUGGACCCCAAGCAAAAAUCUCGAUUCAAAGCUUCCACUAA